CUUUAUUUGGAAUCAAACAAGAUGGCUGAAGCUGGCUGGGAUGAUGUGACAUAUUUGAGGAAGAAAACUCCAAAAGCAGCUGAAAGCAAGUCUGAAAAGGCUGUAAGCCAAGCUUUCAGGAAAGGAGAGGAAGUAGAUACAACCAAAAAAUUUACUGCUGCUACUAACAAGCAGAAGGUUGCAGCUAAAGACACGGCUAAACUGGACAGGGAGACUGAAGAACUGAAACAUGAGAGAGUUACACUUGAUUUUGGUCGAACUCUACAGCAGGCAAGAACAGCCAAAGGAAUGACUCAAAAAGACUUAGCAACAAAAAUAAACGAGAAGCCUCAAGUUGUUAACGACUAUGAGAGCGGUAGGGCCAUACCCAAUCAAGCCAUUAUUGGUAAACUAGAAAGAGCAGUAGGAGUGAAAUUGAGAGGUAAGGAUAUGGGUAGCCCUCUUAACCCUCCUGGGUCAAAGAAGAAAUAGGGAACGUCCCAAAGACAACGAACCAAGUGACUAUGUACAUAUUAAUCAAUUUAUAUUAUCGUUUGAAACUAUUUUAUGCUAAUAAUAAUAAUAACAAUAAUAAUAGAAAA